CUUUCUGUCCUUGUUCCGACACUGCUGCUGCUUCUUCCUCCUCUCUGAUCACUUUCCACUUUCAUCUCAGUCUCUGUCUGUCUGUCUCUCUGUCUCUCUUAAAAUAUUCACUUUCAGCUGCUCCCCCUCUGUCUCUUCUGUGUGUUUUCUUCUCCCCGGCAUUUAUCUGCUUUACACUGUCCCUUGUUGUCUUUUCUCUCUGUCCCAUUCCCUCCUGUUAUUUACACUUUCCAUUCACUUUUCUCAUCUCAUGGUUCAUUUUGUUGUUGUGCUUUCCCCUCCCGCCUCUCAUGUCUCUCUACUCCCUCUUAUAUUUACUCUAUUAUGUCCUUUCUUCUACUUUAAUUUAGUCUUUUAACUUUCCUGUCAAUCAACUUCACUUUCACCUCUGCCUUUCACCCUUUAUUCCUUCCUUUUUUACACUUUUUCUCCUUGCUUCUUCCUUGUCUGCUGACAUUCUCUCUUUCCCUCUCUUCUGUCUCCUCAGUCCAUCUCGCCCUCUUCUCAUCUGGAGGGGCCACUUUGCCUCUCCCCUACUCCUUUCGGCACCAUAGCUCCUACAGGUCGUGCAUCCCCCCGACCCCUGGCCCCCUUCGGCCUUGGGAGGAAGACUUUGGUGGCGGUGGCUAUUGGGGUGGUGAUGGUUCUUAUAUUAGUCAUCCUCAUUCCGGUGUUGGUCAACUCUGUGGGGUCAGAUGGCCACUACGAGAUGUUGGGCACUUGUCGCAUGGUGUGCGAUCCUUAUCUUAGCAAAUCGGGGGUCACCACUACCAGUACUAGUAUCCAGGCAGGCACUGGAGCUGAACCCCUAAGUGACAGAGGACAAUCAGCCCCUUCUACUUUGGUUCAAGGUCCUCAAGGCAAAGCUGGACGUCCAGGCAAACCAGGGAUACCCGGAGAACCAGGGGAACCAGGGCCACCAGGUCCAGUUGGACCUCCAGGAGAGCGAGGAGAACCAGGCAAGGCUGGACCACCAGGGCUACCAGGUGGAGGGGUGAGUGGUGAUAUUAGCACGGCCACCUACACCACCUUUCCAAGGAUUGCUUUCUACGCUGGCUUAAAGCACCCUCAUGAAGGCUACGAGGUUCUCAAAUUUGACGAUGUGGUUACAAACCUUGGAAACAACUACGACGAGGCCACUGGGCAUUUCAGCUGUAGCGUCCCGGGCACUUACUUUUUCACCUACCACAUCCUCAUGAGAGGGGGCGAUGGCACCAGCAUGUGGGCAGACCUGUGUAAGAAUGGACAGGUCCGUGCAAGUGCCAUUGCUCAAGACGCUGACCAGAAUUAUGACUAUGCCAGCAACAGUGUCAUACUACACUUGGAUGCAGGAGAUGAGGUCUUUAUUAAACUAGAUGGUGGAAAGGCCCACGGGGGCAAUAAUAACAAGUACAGCACCUUCUCUGGGUUCAUCAUCUACUCAGACUGA